AUGCCACUAACUACUGAUGAGAUAAUGAACCGUGCUUUGGGAUUAGUACUUGGUGUUGCAGUGGGCGAUGCCAAAGGUAUUGGGUAUGAACUGUUGACUCGACAACAAAUUCUUGAACUGAAACAAACAAGAGAAAAAGAAAAUGAAUCAACAGAUGAAAAGGAAAUGUUAUAUCCACAUGUUACAACGUCAAAUCCUUAUAUUCCUCAUGAUUGGCCGUGUGGACGAUGGACGGAUGAUACACAAUUAACAUUAGCCAUGGUACGUGCCAUCAGUAAAUCUAUUGAAACAAAAACACCGUUAUUUAGCAAUGAAGGAAUGUCCUACAUUGUAGAAGAACAUAUAACUGAAUGGAAAGAAUGUGUGCACGGUUGGGGAGGUACAAAAACGGCAAUUGAAAACUUAAACAAUAAAUCUCAUACGUAUAAGAACAGUGGAAAUACAACGUCGGUAGGAAAUGGUGUACUUAUGAAAAUAGCUCCAUUAGCCUUCUAUUAUUACAUAUUGGAUGAGAAAACACCAGUGGAACGAUUAGAAAGAGACGAUGAAAUUGAAAUUUUAUGCCGUAUGACACACAAUACUACAGUAGCUGUUAUGUCAGCGUGUGUUUUUGUUAAGAUGUCAAUUUAUGCUUUCAAACACUCAUUAUCAAGUCAUGCUGAACGUCUUUCAUUCCUUGACUAUGCUUCCCAGGUGGCCAUUCAUUACGAGCAUAAAUAUGGCUUAGAUAUUGAUAAAGAUGUGAAAAAUAUUUUAAGCACACGUAUCAAAAGAUAUAUUCAAGAAUUGAAACAGACUGACAGUAUUAGUGAGGAAACGUUGAUUAGUGUAAGCAAUGGUGGAACAUUUUUCUGUGUGGAUAGUUUGUCGAUGGUUAUUGGAUUACUGGCAUGUCAGGUGCCAUCGUUCGAUACAGUUGUUCGUGCAACAGAGAUCGGUGGUGAUACGGAUAGUAAUGCAGCGAUGAUCGGCGCUCUCGUAGGAGGAAUGAAAGGACAGAAAGAAAUUGAUGAGCACCAUGUAAAAUACUUGUAUCGAACAGACUAUGUGAGACAGGUAGGAGAAGAGUUUGGUGCAAAGCUGGUAGACUUUUAUGAAAAAUAA